AUUAAAUGACUCCGUCAUAAUUUAUCUUAUAUUUCUAACUAAAUAAAUCGAUAUAUUAAAGUUGUAUUUAUCUUUAUAAGAGUAGGGCAACAACAUAUCUCCUUGAUUUCUCAAAACUUGAAAUUAUUGAGUUUAAAUUAGUAGGCCUAAUUAAAGCAACUACUACACUAAUUUGGUUACUUUAGAUCGUUUGAACAGCUUCUUUUUUAAAAAUUUAAUAUUUUAGGCAUACCACAUUAAAGAAAAAAGACUUUUAUAUCAGAAAAAGAAAUUAAAUGUGUUUUAUGUGAAAUGCUAUGAGUAUGGUGACUGUUAUGAGUUGUUGUAUUUAAGAGAUGUGUAACGCAUUAAGCUAUAUCAAAUAAAUGAACAAUAAUGGAGGUAAAUAGUAGUAGCAAUAUAGCAGUUGAUGGACUUCCUAAACUUGAACUGUCUACAUUUAAUUCUACUUACAAUCAGUUGAGCAAAAGAAAAAAUAACUUAAAUGCUGGACAAACAUUUAGACCAAAAAGAUCCUUAUUUUGCUUUACAUUGAAUAACCCAGUUCGUCGUGCAUGUAUUGCUAUUGUAGAAUGGAAACCUUUUGAUUUUUUUAUAUUAAUUAAUAUUUUUGCUACAUGUGGGGUCUUGGCUGCUUAUGAUCCUACGCCUUCACACGAUUCUAAAAACGCUACUUUAGAAAAGGUUGAAUAUUUUUUUAUUGCUGUAUUUACAAUUGAAUGCAUUCUAAAAAUAAUGGCUGAUGGGUUUGCAUUUCAUCAAGGAGCAUACUUGCGCAAUUGGUGGAAUGUUUUAGACUUUUUAAUUGUAGUUAUUGGUCUGGUCACUUUAGUCUUUGAAAGUUAUAUAGAAGUAGAUGUAAAAGCUUUGCGUGCCUUUCGUGUAUUAAGACCACUUCGUCUUGUUUCUGGUUUACCAAGUCUGCAGAUUGUUCUUACAUCAAUAUUAAAAGCUCUUGUUCCUUUAUUUUACAUUGCAAUGCUUGUUAUUUUUGUUAUCAUUAUUUAUUCUAUCAUUGGUGUUGAAUUAUUUAUGGGAAAACUUCAUUAUACUUGUGUUAAUGAAACCACCAAUGAGGUAACAUCCAGAUUGCGACCAUGUAGUAUUAGUCCAAAAGUAGGUUACCAAUGUAAAAAUGGAACAGUAUGUAAAGAUGUUUGGGAAGGUCCUAAUUUUGGAAUUACUAGUUUUGACCAUGUGGGAUUAGCUGCAUUGGCAGUGUUUACUUCUAUUACAAAAGAAGGUUGGACAGAUGUUUUUUAUUUAAUAGAAGACUCAUUAGGAGGAGCUUGGGUUUGGAUAUACUUUGUCACACUUAUCAUAUGGGGAUCGUUUUUUGUUCUAAAUCUUGUUCUUGGUGUUCUCAGUGGUGAGUUUGCUAAAGAAAAGGCUAGACAAACAAAAUCUGGGAAGUACCAAAAAAUUAGAGAAAAACGUUAUGUUGAUGAUGCUGUUAAAGGUUACACUGAAUGGAUUCAACAAGCAGAGGAUUUAGAACAAGACCAAAACAUCAACGAAAUUAAGUUUUAUCUAGAUGGCCGGCGCUUUACAACUGUGAAACCACAAAAUGAUAUUCUUGGAUUAGAAAUAACUCCUAAAAUGCAAGAUGCUUUAUGUCAAUAUGGUAGAUUUUACAAAUGGGGAAAGCGUUUUUCAAGUUUUCACAAGCGUUCACAUCGACUUUCUCGAAAAAUCGUAAAAUCUCAAACAUUUUAUUGGGCAGUUAUUAUAGCUGUUUUUUUGAAUUCUUUAGUUCUUGCAGUUGAGCAUUAUAAUGAACCAGAGUACAUUACAAUAUUUCUAAAUCGUGCUAACUAUUUUUUUCUUGCAUUGUUUACAUUUGAAAUGUUGUUGAAAAUUUAUUCAAAUGGUUUUCAUGGAUAUUGGUUAUCACUGUUUAAUCGAUAUGAUUUUUUUGUUGUAAUUAGUAGUCUGUUGGAGGUUUCCAUCACUAUACCAACUAAAAUGCCACCAAUUGGAAUUUCGGUAUUACGUUGUGUAAGAUUGCUUCGAAUAUUCAAAGUAACACGUUACUGGCAAUCAUUGAAAAACUUUGUUGAUGCUCUUAUUAACAGCAUCAAGUCAAUUGCUAGCCUAUUGCUACUUCUUUCUCUUUUUAUUCUAAUAUUUGCACUUCUUGGAAUGCAAAUUUUUGGUGGGAAGUAUGAACCUCCUAGAAUUGAAGAAAAACCACGAAGUACUUUUGAUUCAUUUUGGAGGGCGUUGAUUACUGUUUUUCAGAUAUUAACAGGUGAAGAUUGGAAUUCAUGCAUGUAUAUUGGAAUAAAAUCUUGGGGAGGAAUAGAUAAACCUGAAUCCAUUUUGGCAAUAGUAUAUUUUGUUUGUCUGGUUGUUAUUGGAAACUACAUAUUGUUAAAUGUAUUUCUAGCGAUUGCUGUAGAUAAUUUAGGUGAUGCUGAAGACAUGACAAAGCUAGAUGAAGAAGAAAAAAUUCGUAAAAAAGAGUUAAAAGAGAAACUACUGAAGGGCAAUCAGAGCAACACAAAGAUUGAGCGCAAUCCAACGAUAGAUUUGUUUGUGUAUCCGUCUACUGAUACAGAAAAAGCAAGUGAAAUUGGUGAAAGUUUUGAUGAUGACCAACAUAUAAUGCAUAAAAAAAUUCGCCCUUUAAAACUUUCAGAAGCAAAUAAACUUAAGAAAAUUAUUGAUCCCAUGCCAAUUGCACGAUCAUUAUUUCUCUUCACUGCUGAUAGUCGAUUUCGAAGAGGUUGUUACCGACUAUGUACAAAUGUAUACUUUUUAAAUAUGAUUCUUGUUAUGAUUUUCUUGAGUAGCAUUUUACUUGCAGCUGAAGAUCCUCUUGAUUUGGAUGUUUCCAGAAAUACUAUAUUGGAUUAUUUUGAUUAUGUGUUCACUGCAAUUUUUACGCUAGAAAUUUUGAUUAAGAUAAUAGCAUAUGGAGCAUUUGUGCACAAAGGGAGCUUCUGUAGAGCAUUUUUUAAUGUGUUGGACUUGCUUAUUGUGUCUGUCUCGCUUAUUUCAAUCUUUAUAGGAAAGUCUGAUGAUAUGUCUGUUGUCCGUAUCUUUCGUGUAAUCCGAGUAUUGCGACCAUUACGAGCUAUUAACAGAGCACAGGGUCUAAAGCAUGUCAUUCAAUGUGUUAUUCUAGCUGUUAAAAAGAUUGGGAAUAUUAUGCUUGUCACUUUUCUUUUUCAAUUUCUAUUUGCUGUGAUUGGUAUACAACUUUUUAAGGGUACAUUUUCGUUUUGCAAUGAUACAAAUAAAACAACUAAAGUUGAUUGCAUUGGAAUGUUUGUUGAUGAAAAUGGAAUGAAUGAAACACGUAAAUGGGAAACCCACGAAUUUAACUUUGAUAAUAUUUUUGAAGCCAUGACUACACUAUUUGUUGUAAUGACAUUUGAAGGAUGGCCAGGUAUUUUAUACAAUGCUAUUGACUCAAAGGGUGUGGAUGUUGGCCCUGUUAAGGACAAUAGGCCUCUUGUUGCAAUUUAUUUUGUGAUAUAUAUUAUUAUAAUUGCGUUCUUCAUGGUUAAUAUAUUUGUUGGAUUUGUUAUUGUGACGUUUAAAAGUGAAGGGGAAGAAGAAUUCAAGAAUUGUGAGCUUGAUAAAAAUCAGAGAAAUUGUAUUGACUAUGUGCUGAACAUUCGUCCAGUGUCUCGCUUCGUACCACAACAUAAAGUUCAGUACCAUAUAUGGCGUAUUGUUACAUCGAAGCAGUUUGAAUACAUGAUUUUUGGUUUUAUUGUAGGCAAUACUAUAGUUUUGGCUGGACAGGUAUAUAAAGCAUCUCCUUUAUAUGCAAGAAUUCUAGAUGGUUUCAACAUUGGUUUUACAAUGGUGUUUUUGUUUGAGUUUCUUCUUAGUUUAACUGCUUAUGGACCUAAGAAUUAUGUUAAAGAUUUAUGGAAUAUCUUUGAUUUUGUUGUUGUCUUGGGCAGCAUUAUUGAUAUAAUUUUAACAGAAAUUUAUCAUGAUCACGCCAUUAAGUUCAAUUUUUUUCGAUUAUUUCGUGGAUUGAGGCUGGUGAAACUUCUUAGUAAAGGUGCAGGGAUACGCAAACUUCUUUGGACAUUUAUGAAAUCAUUUCAGGCGCUUCCAUAUGUUGGCUUACUCAUUGUAUUAUUAUUUUUUAUUUAUGCUGUUAUUGGAAUGCAGGUUUUUGGUACAAUAAGUAUUGACAAUGAUGAGUUAGCUAUCAACCAGUAUAACAAUUUUCAAACCUUUGCGGCUUCUGCUUUUCUUUUGUUUCGGUCUGCUACAGGAGAAAAUUGGCAACAGAUCAUGAAAGCUUGUAUUCCCAAAGAAGAUGUAGUUUGCCAAAUUGACAAAACUCGUAAAUGUGGAUCAUAUUUUGCUUAUGUUUAUUUUAUGAGUUUCAACAUGAUAUGUUCAUUUUUGAUUAUAAAUUUAUUUGUUGCUGUAAUAAUGGACAACUUUGAUUACUUAACUCGUGAUUGGUCAAUACUUGGCCCACACCACCUAGAAGAAUAUGUUCGUACUUGGUCUGAAUAUGAUCCAAAUGCCACAGGGCGUAUGAAGCAUAUUGAUAUUGUUACCAUGUUAAAAAGAAUUGAACCCCCUCUUGGUUUUGGUAAAUGUUGCCCUCACCGAGAAGCUUGCAAACGUCUUGUUAGUAUGAAUAUGAUGAUGAAUAAUGAUGGAACAGUUGACUUUCAUUCUACAUUGUUUGCGCUCAUCAGAACAUCGCUUAAUAUUAAAAGACCAGAAGCCAAGUCAAACAUGGUCAAAGAAAAUUAUGAACUUCGUAAAAUUAUAAAGCACAUAUGGCCACGGACAAGUCCAGACCUUAUAGAUAAAAUAUUACCUAAACCUGAAUGUGAUGAAGGAAUCACUGUUGGAAAGUUUUAUGCUACAUUUUUGAUUCAAGAAUAUUUCAGACGCUUUAAAAAAAAGCGACAGGAAGAGAGGAGGAAGAAAAAUGCAGAGACAACUGUUUCAUUAAUGGCUGGAAUUCGCAUUUUACAUUCAGCUGGUCCUAAAUUGAGAAGAACAAUAUCUGGUGAGUUAGGAGAAGAAAUUGAUUUUAAGCGUGGAAAACGCCGUAGUUUUAUUGGAAGCUUGACAAAUUCUGUUCGAAGAUCGUUAACUUUUACUGAAUCUGAAAGGAUGCGUAAUAUGUUUCGGCGGCGUCCCAGCAACAAUGUGGGUGAUAACGCAAAUAGCUCACCACUGCUCAAUGUACAUGAUCAAAACAAUGAUUUAUACAGACAUUCUUACCACGGUUGCAGCUCUUAUCAAAAUGAAUUGCACAAAAAUAAGUCUGAAUCCUUAAGUGCAGAUGAAUUAUCAAGAGGUCUUCUUAAACAUGAUAAAAACGAUAACUCAUCAAGCAAAGACGUUAAUAAUUCUACAGAAUUUAUUGAUAGUAGUACGGAAGAUAUUCAUAAAAACAGUGAAGAAAAGACUAAUAAAAAGUCAUUUGAGUAUUCGAAUUUUCGCCGUCCGAGUUUACGGUUUUUACCUCCAACAGUUACUAUUGAUUCAGAUUCUGUUGAGGAAAACGAUACUGCUAAUGAAUCUAGCUUACCAGUGUUAUUAGAAAACUCAUCAUCCAUGGAAUAAAAUAGAACCGUGUUAAAUUGCUUAAAUUUUCCUAUCGGCAACCGGCCUUGUCUAAUAUACCAUAAAAAGAAGUCUUUAAUACGCUAAAAUUUGCGAUGUUUUUAUUAACAAAAAUUUAUUACAUGACAACAUUUUUUAGAAUCAGCGAUAGUUUUACAACAAAAAAUCUAUCGUAAAUUUUUUUCAUAAAAAGUUUUUUAUUUAUAAAUUUUUUGUAUUAAAUAUGUUUGUUAUAAUUUUUAUUUUUAACUAAAUUUUAUUUUCUGUUAUUCGCUAAAUUAUUUUUUCACAUAUUUACACAUUUGUUACUAAAUCCUGUUUAAAUUUGCCGUUCACGUUUUAUAGUGAACAAUUAAAAAUACAUGCCUCGACAUU